UAUUAUAUAGGUUAGAAAGAGACAACAGUAGAGAUUUUAUGAUAAAAGCCGGCUGGCGGUAAGAAAAGAACAAAACGGUAGACAAACGACCAACAAACGAAAUACCAAAGUAGUGCUUGUGCCGCCGAUCAGAGGAGAGCUCCAACAAACGGAAAAAAACGUGGUUUUGCCGCAAAAAAUAACAGAAGAAAAACUGGAAAACAGUGCAGAGAAAAAAUUGUCAAAAAAAUAGAAGCGGGUUUUUUGUCUAAAGUUUAAGCCAACAACAAAGAAACCGUUAAAAGAAGUUUGAAAGAAUAGCAAAAACACUCAUUAAAAAAACACAGAAUUUCUUUUUAUACGGAUUAAAACAGAAAAAAAGAAAAUGGAAACUGAAAACUCCAAUCAAACUCCUGCCGCUGCUACUGAGGAGGCUGCAGCCACUAAGAAUGGCGGCAACGCAACUCAAGAAGUCUCAUCCACAACUCAAGCUGUUGAGCCUACCAAACGCUCAUUGCGUGUGCAAACUUGGAAGAAAUUGCAAGAAAACAAAUUUGGUGUGCCCUUCCAUGCCAUCUUCAAUCGCAUACCCGGUUUUGUGGACAAUGACAAGGCCGCCGCAUUAUUGGCCGAAACUGAGGAAUUUAAAAAUGCCAAGGAAAUUAAAGUUUUAAUUGAUCGUGCUUUAUAUGCUGCUAAAUUGCAAACAUUACUUGCUGGCAAGAAUUUGUAUUUGCCCGGUACAUCCGAUUCUAAGGCUUUGUACUUGAAGGUCGAUGUACCAGCCGAUGCUACAGAAGAACAAAAAAUCGAAAUUCUCAAUGUUCGCAAUGUUGAAAAACAUCGUACGGAAAUUUCUUUGGAAAACAAAGUCGAAUUGGACAUGGUCAUCGUUGGUUCAGUUGUUGUUUCACGCGAUGGUUAUCGCAUUGGUCGUGGCAACGGCUUCAAUGACUUAGACAUUGGUCUUCUUAAAGAGGUUGGCUCGAUAACCGAUAAAACCGUCAUUGUCACAAUGGUACAUGACGCUCAGGUGGUUGAUAAUUUACCCAUUAAUCUAUUCCAAAAAUAUGAUUCACCCGUUGAUAUGAUCAUCACACCCACCGAGGUUAUACGUGUAGCCAAACGUUUGCCCCGUCCUGCUGGCAUUUUCUGGGAAUUACUCUCAGAACGUCGCCUUAAAAUCAUACCCGUACUCCAAGUACUCAAAGAAACUCAGGAAAAGGCCGGUAAGGUCAUUGCCCUCAAAGACGAAGACACAGACGUUGAACAACAUCAACGCCGAAACAAUCGUCGUCGUUUUAUGCCACGUCGUCGUUUCGGUGGCAAUCGUCGUUUCCAACGUCGUGCGGUCUCGCAAAAUAAUGCCGAUCAACAACAGGAUGGCGAAAAUAAUGGACAACAACAGAAACGUCAAACACACAGAAGACGUUUUGUUAACCGCAGAAGACGUCCAACUAAGUCCGAAGGCGAUCAAUCUGGUGUUGAAUCAAAGAGUCAAGAUCGUAAAUCAGUUGGUGAAGGUGGCAACAGAAGACCAAAGUUACGCAAGAAUCGUUCAAUGCGUGAUUUCUCCGUAAAACUUUCCAACAUUUCACGUGAUGUACGCAUUAAGGAUUUAAAGAGCGAAUUGCGUAAUCGUCAAUGUAAUCCCAUGGCCAUUACAUGGAAGGGACAAUACGGUCGCUGUUAUUUGCAUUUCGGCAAUCGUAAUGGUCAACCCAGCACUGAAGAAGAUAUGAACAAAGUGCUACAAGCAUUGAACGAUCUCUCUUUGACUAUCACACCUAGUGAUAAUAAGAAUAAUAAAACAGCUGCCACCAAUGGUGGAGAUGGUGGUGCUGCCGGUGAUGCUGCUGGUGGCGAACAAAAACAAGAUGAACAAAAAACUGAGGGCGCCACCAAACCACCCAAGGUUGUCAACUUAAAGGUGGAAUUGAUCAAAUACAGUGACAAGGCAAACAACAAUGCAGCAGCAGCUGCUGGAGCUGGUGGCGCCGUUAACGGCGGUGGAGAUCCAGCUACUGGCGGUGAAGCUAGCUCAGCACGUAUUGAGUCUGUCGAUACCACUACGGUAUAGUGUGAGAUGCGGGCUGUUUUAAAACGGCUGUACUUUUGGUUUGGAUAUUUGGAAUCGUGCAUUAUAGCUCUGGAUGAUGAUUCACUGAUUGUUUAGCGUUGUGUUGGUACUCUGCUCCUCUCUCAGGUGUUUCAUCAUUCCUAAUAUGUUUUUUUUCUUUUUGGUCUUUAAAUUUCCUCACUCAUAUCGCUUUUAUAAAUAUAUAGUUUAAAUAGUAUCGUAUUUUUGUUCAUUUUAUUUUCAUAAAAUUUCUCCAAUAUUUAGUUUAUUAUUUUAUUUAUCGGUUUUUGAAGUUUUCUUAAAUUUAACUGAAUUUUUAAUUACUUGGAAACUAAAAAAAAAACUGCACUCGCUGUGCCGUUCGUUUUUGUUUUUGCUUUUUCUCAAUGCAUUUGUUAUAUAGAUUUGAUUUAUAUUAUUUUAAUACUCCUGGGCGAGAGUUUUUAAGGAAAUGACACUUAUUAGGUGAAUUUUCUUAAGAAUUAUCUGCUUGAAUAUUGUUAAAUAUUUUAUUGUAAUUAAAUAUGUAAUUUUUUUCAUAGUUUUUAAUAUUUAUAUAUAUAUUAAUUACUCAAAUCACAAAAUACCACUUAUGCGAUCUCCAAAUAUCCAUCACCAUUUAUAAUCGUAAUUUAUUUGUUUAAAAAGAAAUUAUUUUCUUUUGAAAAUAGUGGAGGGAAAGAUUAACUGGUUGAUGCAAUACGUUUUUCCGACAGCUGAGCUGUCGGCUAGGUUGCGUAUCUGUGUCAACUAAAGGUCUAUCUUGUCUGUCCAACUCUUUAUCAAGAUGAAAAUUAUCUUUUUUUAUAUAUAUAUAUAUAUAUACAUAUAUGAAAUAUAAUUUUUCUUUAACAUGAACAACAACAAACAAAUGUUUAUAUGAA